ACUUCUCAGUUUAAAUCAAACGAACAGAAUGGGAAGUUUACUUUUGCUGUGCUCUUGCCUAAUGGCAUCAUUGCAUUUUAUAGAGGCGGAAGUGGAUAUCAACCUUGCUACGGUAAACCAGAUUCACAAAAAUCUUAAUAAAACCGCAUCACCAUGCUCGAAUUUCUGGAAUUUCGCCUGCGGAGGCUUUAGCAGUGCCUCGGAAUAUGUUGACAACUUUGAAUGGGUAGAGGAUCAGUUUGCAAGUGCCAUGGUCGAAUUAAUGGAGAGCCACGUGGGAGACAACGACAGCCAAGCACCGCGACUUAUUGAACAAAUGCGAUCAUAUUACAAAGCCUGUACGGAGGAUACGCGAAAGCUUAACACUACUUAUCUUCCAGAAGAAUUUAUAGAAUGGUCGGCAGAUAUUCAUAAUACCAUCAAGCACGGCUUAAGUGGGUUAGUCUAUGAUGAGCGCAUUGGUGUGGCCGACAAUGAUUCAAUGCGCCAGGUUAUUCAGAUAAAGAUGCCUGAUCCGAGUGCCAGGUAUAGUAACCUGCGUGUGUUGCAGCUUUUGCAUUUGAUUGAGUCGAUUUAUAAAAAUAAAACGGUCGAGCUGGCGCAGAAAGUGCAGGAAAUUCAGGAUAGAUAUCGUAAAGAGAAUCCGGUUGUAUAUACACGGAGUUAUAGUGAAUUCAGUCAACAAACCUCAAUUAUUUCAUCGACCAUUCGUCAUCUCUGUAGACAAUUAUUGGGUGCUCACUGCACCACAAAAAAUGUCGAUCAAUUGAUUUUCGAAAUUAGUGAUGUGAACUAUUUGCGGGAAAUUCUUAAGUUUGUUUAUAAUUUUGAUGAUGAUGCUAAAUUUCUUUAUAUCCGAUUGCAUCACUAUGUUUUUCUGGAGGAUUCGGAACCUAGAGAGCGGAACUCAAAGACAUGCAUUCACCACAUGCGUGCUAUUCUACCCCUAGGUAUGAAUUAUAUGUACGAUCGGUUUGUGUACCAAAAUCGGCAGCAGGACACCUUGCAGCUAAAGGAGAUCUUGGCGAGCUUAAAGGCGACCUUUGGCAAAUACUUGGAUGCCAAUCGUCUGCAGCUCAUGACCCACCAACUGGCCUAUGUGAGAGCUAAAUUGGAGGGUAUUCAGCUAAACGUGGGCAAUUUACCAGAGGAAAAAUCGGCCGAGUUCUACGACACCCAUUACGAGAGUGUUAAUUUUACAAAGUCAAAUUUCUACAGCAAUCUCAUUCAGGCCUUGGCUCUUCGGACCCGUCUUCAGCAUGCGGGACUGCUAAACCCGCAGUACAGACUGGAUCUGCAGCGCUACUAUGUCAACGACAAUGUGAGGAAGGCCAGGACUUCGCCAUUCUAUGAAAACGAAAGGAACACCAUCACCGUGCCCAUGGAAUUUUUGCAAUGGCCCUUGUUCGAUCACCGCCAGCAUAUCAUCUUCCAGCAGAGUCUUUUGGGAGCAGUUCUGGCCCACGAAAUGAAUCACGCCUUCGAGCAGGAUGGCAUACUCUUCGAUGCAGCCGGAAACGAAUCACCUGUGGGCUUCGAGAUCCGUGAGUCGCCUGCCUUCCGGAAUGCCAUCAAGUGUGCGGAGGGAAAAGCCUAUGUUUCCUUAAAAGAACGCCUGGCUGAUCUUAAUGGACUGCAAUUGGCCUACGACACCUUCUUUGGUUUGGAUCAUGACUCCCGGAAACUCGAGUACCGCCCGUAUGCCUUUGAGCCGGAGUUCAGCGCACCGCAAUUGUUCCACCUGAGCUAUGCCCAGUUCUUCUGCGGAUCCCUGCCUCCGGUGAUCGCCCACGAUCGGGAUGAUGAGCGUGUGAACGUGAGCGUUGGCAAUUUGCGUCAAUUUGCAUACGACUUUAAGUGCGAGGCGACUCAAUUGUCCCACUGCGAAAUGUGGCGCCCAAAUGUGCAUACAUAACAAUAAAAUGUAUCAUUAAAUGUGUGUUGAUCAAAUGAGAAAUCCCUCGAAAUUCAGCUUGUGCAUUUCGAUUCUAGCAUUGGGUGCAGUUCUUAAAUAAAAUGUAAUAACACGAAUUAUUAAAAAAAUUACCACAGUUCUCCUCCUUAUCUUUUGGCUGGCAUAAUAUUAUACAUAUUUCUAAAAAUGAUUACUUCUAUAACG